AGGUGGGAAUUUGGGUUUUACUCUAAACAGACAAAAAUGAGCGACAACGUUCAUCUUAGUUUAGCAAACGCGGGUAAAGACGGCCAAAACUCGGCAGCCGCGGACAGCAACGACCAGGACCAGGAGAGCUUCCCGUACGACGCGGAAGAUCCGGGCGAAGAGAGCGACGCGCCGGAGGCGAAAGACGGCGCGGUCAGUCCGGAGGAGCUCAACGACGACGAGACGUCCGGAGAGAGCGAGAACGUGCCCAAGACCUGCAUCUAUGACGGCUGCACCGAGACCACGACGCAGGUGGCCAAAGCCAGGAAGCCCUGGAUGUGCAAAAAACACCGGAAUAAAAUGUACAAGGACAAGUACAAGAAAAAGAAAAGCGACCAGGCCAUGUCGUCGGGAAAACUAGAAGAGAGUUCGGAGGAGAGGCCUGUAUCUGUUACUAAACAACGGCUGGGUACCAUAGGAGACAGACCCGCCAGACCGUCCCUCAUUGAGCAGGUGCUGAACCAGAAGAGACUG